GCCGCCUCAACCUCAACCUCUACCGCCGCCGCCGCCGGAUCAGCCGCUCACCGCGCGCUCUCCAGCCCGCCAUGUCUUCGAUGCAGUGCGGCUGCCCGUCGGCGCCCACGGGCCCCACGCUGGCCGCCACGUGCGGCGGCUCGGCCUUCAUGCUGUUCAUGGGGCUGCUGGAGGUGUUCAUCCGGUCGCAGUGCGACCUGGAGGACCCGUGCGGGCGGCCGCGCGCGCGCCGCCGCCUCGACGACGCCUACGACUUCAUCGUGGUGGGCGGCGGGUCGGCCGGCGCCGUGGUGGCCGCGCGCCUCUCCGAGGUGCCCCACUUCACCGUGCUGCUGGUGGAGGCCGGCCUCGACGAGCCCACCGGCGCGCAGGUGCUGGGCGGCACGAGCACCAUGAACGGCAUGAUGUACAUGCGCGGCAGCCGCGCCGACUUCGACGGGUGGGCGGCGCGCGGCAACAGCGGCUGGAGCUACGAGGAGGUGCUGCCCUUCUUCAUCAAGUCGGAGGACAACCUGCAGCCCGGGCUGGCCGACAACGGCUUCCACGGCCAGGGCGGCCCGCUCACCGUCACGCAGUUCCCCUACCACCCGCCGCUCUCGCACGCCAUCAUUCAGGUGACGCCCGCCUUCUCUUUGGCUUUCGCCCCGCCGCGCAGGCGCUCGCCCGUUUGCCACGGCCUCGCAGCCGGACAUAAGCUCCCCCCCUCGCUUGUCCUCGUGCUUGUUCCCAGGCCCGUCCCCACGCGUGUCCCCACGGAUGUCCCCACGCGCGACCCCACGCUUUUCCCACACGUAACCUCGUUCCUGGCCGUGCACGACGAGAGGUCGCCGGUGUCGCCGCGCCGGCAUGGCUCACGCCGCACCGCGCGCCGGCCGUUCGCGUUGAGCAGCACGCGCGUGCACCGUGGCGUUUGA